GAAUGAACAAGAAUCGAGCGUAAAGAAAUCGAUUGGUUUACCCUAGCUCGUGGGUGACAAGCUGAAACCAUAACAACGUGUGGCGUUUCAAAUAUUCACUUCUACAAAAGCUCUUCUACUUGUAAAACAAAUAAUUAACGUUUGUGAUAUAAGAAUGGUGUACAACUACACUAAACCUCGUGGUCCAAUUGCUGCAAUGUAUAGCAGUCCAGGUCCAUGUUAUGCCCUUCCUGGUUUAACUGGUUUUCCAAAUCAUGAUCCUCGUUCAAACCAUCUUCGUGGAGCACAGUGGUCUUUCGGAAUUCGACACAGAGCUAUUGACAGUCAGUGUAGCCCAGGUCCGCGCUACUAUCCAGACUCUAAAAUUUUACGUGACGGCAAAGACGGAACACCUCAUUUUUCACUUUACAGCCGACAGAAGGAAGCGAUGAUGUUUUCCAAUCCUGGUCCAGGGGCCUACUCCAUUGAAAACAGUGACCAGUUUGUUUUCAAUAAGGCACCAGCUUGCUCAUUAAGUUCUCGAACUAAAGAGUUAAAACCAGACGACUUUCCAGGUCCAAACAGGUAUAACAUAGAUCCUAUGAUCGGGAAAACAGUGAGAAGUCAAAAGAAAUCAGCUCCAGCUUAUUCGUUGUCUGACCGGACGAAGAUUUUAGGUGCCGCUGCGACACCUGGAGCUGGAGCUUACAAAGUCACUGAUCUUAACUUAUAUCGCGAAGCUGCCCCCAAAUAUUCCGUUACAGGGAAAAACCAGCCUCCAGCAGACAAUACUAAGAAGCCAGGUCCAGGAGCUUACUCUCCUGAAAAAGUAUAUAUGAAUUCACAAUCCGCCCCACAAUACUCGUUUGGAAUCCGUCAUUCUCAAUAUAAAGGCGAAUUCAUAACAAGUGCUGAUCUCGAACAGUAACUAUGAACCAAAGAUAUAAAAGUGAAGAGAAAAUAUUAUAGUCUAAUAUUUUCUCUUCUCUUCUCAUCAUCAUCAUCAUCAAUAUGAAAAAACUUAUAAUUUUCCUUAUAUUGAUUUAACUAAAAAUAUUAUUAUAAUUAUUUAUUUGAAAUGAGAUAUCCUAUUAAUUUCAGUUACUUUCUUCCAAUAUUUUUCUACUUAUUACUUUCAAUUUAUUUAAUAGAAGUGAUUUAAUUUAAA